AUGCGGCGGAACCGACCUUUUGGCUGUGGCGGCGCCCUUUUCAGAAAUGAAGCUUUCCUGGUGGCAGCAAACACUGUGGAGGGUGGAGUCGAAGUGGCCGGGAACACUUCUGCCCCGUAUCUGGGCUCGGCAUGUGGCGGUGCUGUGCAGCAAUUGCGUACACGCUGGCAGUGCAGCGCCUCAGAAGACACGCCAAUGUGGCCAUCAACCGAAAAAAUCGAUUUGUCAGAUCGAUUCAUCAGUUUGGUUCACCUGCUGGCAGUGUACACCGACGCGAUUCUCUUGUGGCGACCCGUCCUUGUGCGCAUGCGCCACUUGUGUACAACCUUGAGUUGUCAUCUUUGGCAGGGCGCAGCGCACCAAGGAGGGAGCAAGCCCAACGGUCUGCAAAUUUGUGGUGCCUUAUAG